CGGUGGCGGCAAUGUUUCAGGUUUACUUUUUUACCCGAUCUCCGAUAUCCGAUCCGUGGUCUGAAAUAAAACCCAACAUAGCUACCCCCGACAGCAUUCUCUUCCCCCUCCCACCAUCGUCGUCCGCUCUGUCUCUUUUUUCUCUCUAGUCACUGCGCUGCCCGUGAAGGGACCUUUCCCGCCGCCUCUCUUCUCCCCUACUCCCACUUAUCGAUAAUUGCAAUGUCCUCCAACGUCGAAAAGGAACCGGGUGAUGUCCAGCCUGAGGCUGGCACCCCACCUGCAGCUGAACCAAAGAAGAGAGAGUACAAGGACUUUGGCCAUGAUGAGGAAAAAGUUACCCACGCUAAUGUGGAUAUGUCAACUAUUGAGUUGAAGGCAGAGGACCUAUACGAUAAGGAAAAAGUAGAUUUGGAGACUAUUAUCAUCGACGAUGUCUUCAAGCUGCUGCAAUGCGACGAGAACGGUCUCUCUCAGGACGAAGCCCAGCGUCGUCUUGAGCUUUUCGGUCCCAAUAAGCUUGAAUCCGAGGAACAGAACCCCAUUCUCCAGUUCCUUAGUUUUAUGUGGAACCCGCUCUCAUGGGUCAUGGAAGCUGCUGCUCUCGUCGCUAUCGCCCUCUCUAAUGGCGAGGGUCGUGCUCCUGAUUGGCAGGACUUUGUCGGUAUCAUCUUGCUCCUGUUUAUUAAUUCCGCCAUUGGUUUCUAUGAGGAGCGUAACGCUGGGAAUGCCGUUAAGGCCCUUAUGGACUCGCUCGCUCCUAAGGCCAAGGUCAAGCGUGCGGGUUCUUGGUCAGAAAUAGAGUCGGCGGAUCUUGUCCCGGGUGACAUGGUCUCCUUCAAGAUCGGUGACAUUGUCCCCGCCGACUGUCGUCUCAUUGAAGCCAUCAACGUGUCCAUCGACCAGGCUGCUCUCACUGGUGAAUCUCUUCCUCAGUCCAAAAAGAGUGGCGACCAGUGUUUCUCUGGUUCUACUUGCAAACAAGGUGAAGCCGAGGGUGUUGUCAUCUCAACUGGUGCCAACACUUUCUUCGGUCGUGCCGCUUCCCUUGUCGGCCAGGAUGAUGACACCACCGGUCAUUUGCAGAAGAUUUUGGCUCAAAUCGGGUCUUUCUGCUUGGUCGCCAUUGGCAUUUUCGUCCUCCUCGAAAUCGUCAUCUUGUACCCUCGCUUCCACUACACUUAUCGUCGCGGUCUCGACAACAUCCUUGUCCUCUUGAUCGGUGGCAUUCCCAUUGCUAUGCCCACUGUCUUGUCCGUCACUCUUGCAGUUGGUGCCCAGCAGCUCGCCAAGCAUAAGGCCAUUGUCACUCGUAUCACCGCCAUUGAAGAGUUGGCUGGUGUUACCAUCCUGUGCUCUGACAAGACUGGCACCCUCACUACCAACAAACUUACUAUUGAUAAGGACACCAUUCGUACCUACGGUCCGUUCUCUGCCGAUGACGUCAUCCUCCUCGCCGCCUAUGCCUCCCGUACCGAGAAUCAGGACGCUAUCGACUCGUCUGUCGUCCAGGCUAUUGGCGACCCAGCCAAGGCCCGUGCUGGCAUCAAACUCCUCGACUUUAAGCCUUUCAACCCCGUCGACAAGCGUACCGAAAUCACUUAUCGUGAGGAGUCCACGGGCAAGCUGAAGCGUGUCACCAAGGGUAUGACUGGUAUCAUCAUCGAACUUUGCACUCGUAACAAGACCGAGGAGUUGGAGAACAGGUUGGAGGCCGAUGUUGAGGAGUAUGCUACCCGUGGUCUUCGUGCUCUCGCUGUCGCGUUUGAAGAGGUUGAUGGUGAUGAUUUUGAGGCCGAGGGUAACGGAUUUGAGCUUAUUGGUCUUCUUGCCAUUUUCGAUCCUCCCCGUGACGACACCAAGCAAACUAUUGAUGACGCCAUGGCGCUCGGUGUCAAGGUCAAGAUGGUUACCGGUGAUCAGCUCGCUAUUGCAAAGGAAACCGGUCGUCGUCUUGGCUUGGGUGACCACAUGUACCCUGCCAAGGUGCUCAAGGAUGGGCCCGCGCCAGGCAGCAAGCACGGUUCUUUGGAUGAGAUGAUCAUGGAUGCCGAUGGUUUCGCUGGAGUCUUCCCAGAGCACAAGUACGAGAUUGUCAAGCGUCUCCAGGGUUUGGGUCACUUGUGUGCCAUGACUGGCGAUGGUGCCAACGAUGCCCCUGCUCUAUCCCGUGCUAAUGUUGGUAUUGCCGUCGAAGGUGCUACUGAUGCUGCUCGUGGUGCUGCCGAUAUCGUCUUGACGGAACCGGGUCUUUCCACCAUCGUCCAUGCUAUCCGUGGUUCUCGUAUCAUUUUCCAACGUAUGAGGAACUACUCCAUCUAUGCUUGUGCUGUUACUAUCCGUAUCGUUGUCUGUUUCGCCGUUUUGGCCUUCGCGUACCAGUUUGACUUCCCGCCAUUCAUGGUUCUUAUCAUUGCGUUGUUGAACGAUGGUACUAUCAUGACUCUCUCUGUCGACCGCGUACUACCCUCCAAUACUCCGGAUAGUUGGGACCUGGCCGAGAUUUUCGCGUACGCUGUUGCCUAUGGUUUGUACUUGACCAUGUCGACAAUUGCCUUGGUCAUUAUUAUCAUGGAAACCACUUUCUUCCAAGACAAGUUCGGUGUCUCGCUUGAAACAUCCCCUGUCCAGGCCAAUGACCGCCAACUUCACAUGGUUGUCUAUCUCCAAGUUGCCAUUAUUUCGCAAGCUUUGAUUUUCGUUACUCGGUCGCACGGAUUCUUCUUCAUGGAACGCCCUUCCGCUGCCCUCUUCUUGGCUUUCUGUGUGGCACAGCUCGUGUCUUCGAUCAUCGCUGCCUACGGUGACUGGGGCUUCACCGAGAUACAGGGCAUUUCUGGUGGAUGGAUUGGCAUUGUUUGGGUCUGGAACAUCGUCUGGUUCUUCCCUCUCGACUACAUCAAGUUCGGUAUGAAGGCCACUGUCAUCAAGUUCCUCCGCGAACGCCGUGCACGCCAAGUCGCCGCCGCUUCUCAUGAGGGCGUUCCCAUCACCCGUACCCAAUCCCGUGUUGCCUCUAUCAACGAGUCUCUCUACUCCAACCGUGUGUCCUUCAUUAAGAGGGCCGCACGGAAGGUUGGCUUUGGUGGUAGAAUUACGAUGAAGCCUGAGGAGUUGCAGCGCUUCAGCAGUAUCCAAGCCCAGCGUGUUGGUGCGACAUUGGCUCGUAACCCCUCACGCACUGCUGCUUAAACAACGUGAGAGAAGAGAGAAGUUUGUGUGAGGAGUCUGGGAGGCGAUUAUCUCGAUUUGUUCGCUCGUUCCUGCCAUCCUCGUUAUCUUAGCGGAGCUGGUGUCAUUUACUUUAUUGUCUCUCCUUUACGUAUCAUUAGAUCCUCCACGCGCGUUAUUUUUUUAAACAUUACCAGUUGCAAUGCUAGGACAUGACACCAGAUAUCCACAAAGGUAAGGGGAGGUGAGUGUUUGUAGAAGGGCGGCUUGGUGAUUGUUCCUGACUGCUACCAGGUGUACAAUUUUUGUUUGUU